CUCUGAGCUUUCUGCAUGUAUAUAAUCCCUGAGUUGACCCAGAAAACAAACUCUUCUUUAGAUCGAGAAGCAGCACAGUUUGAAUCCGCCGCAGGGCUGCAUGUAUCCGGAGCAUCAGCUGAAGGGACGAGCCGGGACUUAACGAACUUCUCCGAACGGAUUUCACUUUACGCCAUCGGGGAAAACUUAACCAUGGCUGAACACAUGACGAUGCCCAUGUCUCACGGUUUCCGGAUGGGCAUGAACGGACCAGUGCAGCACAACGGCCAGCCGGGUCUGCGGGGGCUGCCCAACGGCCAGGUGUUGCACUACGGCAGGAACCCUCAGAAUACCACAGAGGGGUUCAUGAGACAGAGACCGAACCUUAUGGGACAAGGAGGCAUGGGCGGCCCUGUGAAUGGAGCUCCAAUGACCAAUCAUCACCACCAGAUGAUGCAUGGGAACAUGAUGUAUAACGGCCAGGGCCAGCAGCACCACCACCACAUGCACCCCCAGCAGCAGCUGCAGCAGGGCGGACACCCGCCGCAGUAUGUCCCUGGCAACCUCACGUCUCAGCAGCUCAUGGCGAGCAUGCACCUACAGAAACUCAACACUCAGUAUCACGGACACCCGCUGGGGUCGGCCAAUGGUCACCACCUGCCCAACGGGACGCAGUACCGGAUGGGGCCCGCCCAGUUGUCUGGCAUGCAGCACAUCGGCGCGCCUUUCGGGGUGAACGGAACGGACAUGGACCUAAUCGAUGAGGAAGUUCUGACCUCGCUGGUGUUGGAGUUGGGCUUGGAUCGCAUUCAGGAGCUGCCUGAGCUCUUCCUGGGACAGAACGAGUUUGACUUCCUAUCAGACUUUGUGUGCAAACAGCAGUCGAGCACGGUGAGCUGUUGAGGAGAGGAGUGUGGUUUGUUCCACGUGGACAUCCAAAGAGCGACUGAGUGGCCACAGUAGCACAGCAAAAGCAGACAAUCUCUCUGUUCUGUUUGGGUGUUUCUAUGUUUAUGUACAUGAACGCGAUGAGUUCGCCUUCAAACUGACCUGCCUGCUAAACGAAUGGAGAAUUGUAAUGAGUAAAAAACCGGGAAAGUGCCAGGUUUCUGUUUCCUUUAGGCGGAAGCCAGGAAGAUCUGUCGCUUUUGGAUAAAUUGAGGCAUCCAGAUGCAGAUUCUGCCUGUAACAUCUGGCCUUUAGCACAUGUGCCUACAGUACCAAAGCUUUGGGUUAGAUUUCACAAACGCAGUAGGGAACGAUGACCUGAUGAUUCUGAUUCUGUGGCAUUUGUAAAUGUGUCUUAGCUCUGAUUACACCGUCGACUGGUAGCAAACAUCUUACAGUUUAUCACAAGCUAAAAGUCUCCUGGAAACAUUUAUGCAGGAAUGAAGGGAGUUUGAAAUGUUUUUUAUGUAGAUUUUGAAGGCUGGUUCUUCAAAAUGAAAAAGAAAAUCUAAGCAUAUAAAGUAAAGUGAGUAAGGUGAGGUUUGUUAAAUUUCUAAGUGGUUAUUACGGGGUUAUGUUGAAUUGAUUGAGUAAUCAUCUGGAAUUUGUUUGGAGUAAUGUAGAAGUUGAAUAAUUCUUCGGCCUUGACCUUUCACCCCAGCCAGUCAGAAAAUCCCAAAAAUCCCAUUUUUAUUCUGAUCGGUUAAUGCAACAUGUUUUUGCUGCCAGGCUUAUCGCUGAACACUGUUCCACGUUGGAAUUGUUACUGACAACAUGUCGAAAAUGUCUGAGGUUCUUUCAGGCUGUAAAACCUCCAACAGAUAACAGGAAGGCUGAAUUUGGUAACUGAAGAUUUCUCUGUUUUAUUCUUAUAACUUUCAACAUAGAACACACUGGAUUUGGAAAUGUUUGUAACCUUUAGCUUUCUCUGAAACUGCGGUUGUAGUAACGCUAGCGGCGCUGAUUUAGUCAUUCUUUUUAAGCGUUAAAGGUAAUUUCAAAUGUUAACUUGUAAUCAUUUUGUAAAUUAAAAUAGUAAAAGACUGUUUUACACUGACUGAACGCUCUCUCAUACACACACACAGUGUGACAGCGUCUCUGGCACUCCAAUAAAUAAUGUUUGUGGCACUUGAAAGGCUAGAAGGAAUUAUUUAGGAUGAUACUUAUUUGAUAUUUUAUGUCAUUGUUCUUGAAGAAAAAUGGGAAUUGAUUCAAAUUAGCAGAGUAAAACUGAGAUGGGAAAUUGGCUAUGAAAAUGUGAUCGGUGCAUCUUCAGAUUAAAGGUGUUUUCACACAUGAUGGUUUAGUAGACUCGAUUUGAUUGGGGAGCGGCAAAAUUUGUUCCAUGCUGAACUUUCACGCUGCGCUGUGUCAAACAAACCAAACACUUUGAAAAACCUGUUGCCCUCCUCACAUUUGGUGGCGCUGCAUCAAGAACCACUGAAGGAAACAACACAAAAACCUCUGAAGAAGACAUGACAGCAACUUCCUUCUUCAUGAAGUGUAAACAAUAAUGGAGAAGAGUCAGAUUUUAGUGUGGAUUUUUUUUUGGCCACAGAGACCAUGAGUCAUUUCUCCUGCUAGCACUAGACUAGCAUGUUUAUUUUGGUUGAAUUUAUCCAGAAUACCCUGUACCGUGAUCCACUUCCUGCUUUUGUAGGAAUCUCAUAUACAUUCAAACUGCAUCAGAGUUCACUUCCAGUGAACCCAGACCUAGGUUUGUAGAUGGACCAGGGAUUUCUUGUUUGGUUCUAAUCAGAGUUCGAUUAGCAUUCACACCUCCCCAAACAAACUGGACUUUCUAAACAAACGGACUGGAGUUGGAUUAAAGCGGACUGAACAGGACUGGUGGGAAUGAAGCCUAAAUGUAUUAGAUUUACUUCAAUUAUUGUCUUGUCACUGCUACAAGUCGAAUGCAUUUGGCCCAAUACGUAUGUAAGAAUAAAUGUAUAAAAACCAACAAAAACACAAAUUUAUAUUGUAUCUCUAUACAAAUUUGCUAAACAGAAAAAAGCGGCUCAUCACAGACUGCGUCUGUAUGUUUUUAGAGCUUAGUUGUUAUUUUCCCUGUGUGUCUGUGUGUGUACAUCAGUGCAUUUAAAUCCCAAUCUAACGACAUCCACAUCCAAACACCCUGUUCCAUCAGGCAGACCUGAGCGUGUGGACGCAGCGCUUGCUCGCAGCACUUAGCUUAAUCAUUGUUAAAAGCUGCCUCUACCUGUAGAGCCGAUGUGCUGGAGCUCUAGCCAUGUCUUAUAGCUUCGCUUCCUUGGCUGCUCUUCCUGCUGAUCGGAGUUAAACUACACGUUUGUCACGCUUGUCUUAAUUGAGCUGGUUGUGGAUGCUCUCUGAUGACCCAGUCAUUGGAAAACCAACACAUUCUGUGGUGCUUUUUUUCUUUUUCUUUCUCGACAUGUGAAAACCUUCCGCUCUUGCAGGAUCAGUGUCAGAGGUCAGCGCCGCGCCGCAGUAAUCUGCUCCUGCACGGCCGCACUGGCGUCCCCUGUCUGUAGAAAACAAGCCUGCUAGUCAAAAACGGUGACGACCACCUCACUGUCACAACGAUUCUGGCCAUAAACCCAACGGUGGCCUGAUUACUGUAUUGUAUCUUUGUACUGUAGGCUAGAGGUAAAGCUGAUCUGAACACAUUUAAGGUACUUUGGCAGAAAACUCUAAAUCAGUGGCUGAUAUUUGAUGUGCUGACAAGAGAUUAUACCCUUUGUUUUCUUACAGUGUGUAGAUACAGUAGAGCGGUGGUGUAGGGGUCGUGGUCUAAAGCUUUCAAAUGGACUGCAUGUCUUACGUGAGGGAUGCUAUCACCUUUCAACCGAGCUACUGAGAAUGUACAGACCGCCGCGUUGUGGGAACUUGUCUAAAGAUGGUAGAUUAACGUGAGAUUGUACUUCCUGUUCCUACCCAACACCCCUCUCUCCCCCGUUUCUCACCCCUCCCCACUUCCCUGACCUUUUUUAAUGUUAUUGAUUCUAUUUUAAGAAAAUGUAUUUAUUUUCAAAUAAAAUAUUUAUUUAAAAACCA